AUGAUUCCUCACUUGGGGCUCUUCUCACUUCGUUGUCUACGUCACUCAAAACAAUUUACAGUAAAAUUCAAAAUUCCGAUAGUUUCCUCGCGAUGGCUAUCCACGAGGGAGAAUUGGUCUACUCCACUAGCUAAGCAACUCUCUGAGGCUAUAACUACAACAGGACCAAUUUCUCUUGCUGCGUUCAUGCGCAUGUGCUUAACUUCUGACCUUGACGGAUACUACAGUUCAAAACAGCCUACCAGAGACGUAUUCGGGAAAAAAGGUGACUUUGUCACGUCACCAGAAAUCUCUCAGAUAUUUGGGGAACUCAUUGGCAUCUGGUUUGCUACAGAAUGGAUGGCCCAAGGCCGACAACGUAAAGGUGUUCAGAUGAUUGAAAUAGGACCAGGCAUGGGAACAUUGAUGGACGAUAUUCUACGGACAAUAGAAAAUUUCAAGGCUAUUAAAUCCAGCAUAGAUGCAAUAUAUUUGGUCGAGGUUAGCCCAUCAUUACGGGAAGCCCAAAAAAAACUCCUAUGCGGCGAUGCCCCUAUGGUAGAAAUCUCUAUCGGCUACGAAAGCCUAUGCAAGCGAAUGAACAUUCCUGUUAUUUGGACAGACAAUUUACGGUUUGUCCCUUCAUCCCUUGAUUCAGUCCCGUUCAUUGUUGCGCAUGAGUUCUUCGACGCUUUACCUAUACAUGCUUUUCAACCAUUGCUCCCUUCAAAUCCUAUUAAAGAGUCUAUUCAGACACCCACUGGGAAUCAUCGAAUCACAAGCACCGCUGCCAAGGCUCUACAAGCUCCUCAGUGGAGAGAGCUAGUUGUCUCACCAGUUUCCCCUGACUUGGAAAAUCCUUCUGCUAGCGUCAACAAUUCAUCUAAUGGCUUUGCUGAUGAAUUCCAACUCACAAUCUCUCAAAAAUCAACGUCUCAAAGCAAUUUUUUACCCGAGAUGUCCCAAAGGUACCGGACUCUAAAGUCUGAUGCAAAUACGGUGCUCGAAAUUUCACCCGAGUCGCUCGUAUAUGCCCAGGAAAUCGCAAAACGUAUCGGCGGCACAUCUAAUAGCCCUCGGUCUAGCCCGUCAGGUGCAGCUUUAAUUCUUGACUAUGGGCCGCAAGAUUCGGUCCCUCAAAAUUCCCUCCGAGGGAUUUACAGGCAUGAACGUGUCUCACCAUUUACCCGUCCGGGCCUAGUAGACUUAUCUGCCGAUGUGGAUUUUGCCGCCCUGGCUGAAGCAGCUCUUGCAGCUUCACCAGGAAUUGAAAUACACGGGCCUGUUGAACAAGGAUUUUUUUUAAUGGCAAUGGGGAUCAGAGAGAGAGCAAAAAUGCUGUCGGAUGGUAUUCCAAGUCAUCAAAUUGAAAAGCAGAAGCAUGUUGAAAUUGCAUGGAAGAGACUUGUAGAUCAAGGAGAGAAUGGCAUGGGCAGGAUAUACAAGGCCAUGGCAAUAGUUCCAGAAAAUGGUGGCAUGCGAAAACCUGUAGGGUUUGGCGGUGAUGUUGCGUAA